AUGGCCACGCGGGAGGCCACGGCCCAACUCAGAAAAGCUCUCCGCACCUUUUCCAAACCUCGCGCCCGACCUUCUGUCAUUUCUCCUCGCCAGCAGCCUGGGAAGAGGAGCCCCGUCAAUGGAAACGCCUCACGGGCCGGCAGCCAGAAACGGGGGUCCCAGCUCCCACCCUUCUUCCUCACUCUGCAGGCAGUCAACUGCCAAGUGCAGCCCAUCCUAACUGCCGAGGCUCCUGGAAUCACCAGCGCCGUCGACCCGCACUGCUCCUCCCGACAUCCCCCGGGCCCUCAGCUCCCGCUGGCCCGGACCUUGCGGGCGACAAGGUCUUUAGAGCAAGAAGAGUCACAGCUUCUGUCCACAGAAGCGCAAGUUGCCGACCACAAGCACCAAAGCAGAGGGGCAGGCAGCACACAGCCCGGCAGCCAGAGUACCAGUCCGGCGACGGUCCCUGAGAUGAGCGAACGCCAAGUGUUCCAAGCGUCCGAGCUCGCCUUCCUGCUGGAGAACUGCAGCUCCUCCUAUGACUACGGGGAGAACGAGAGCGACUCCUGCUGCCCGUCCCCGCCGUGCCCGCAGGACUUCAGCUUGAGCUUCGACCGCACCUUCCAGCCGGCCCUGUACGGCCUCCUCUUCGUGCUGGGGCUGCUGGGCAACGGCGCCGUGGCGGCCGUGCUGCUGAGCCAGCGGGCGGCCCGGAGCACCACCGACACCUUCCUGCUCCACCUGGCCGCCGCCGACAUACUGCUCGUGCUGACCCUGCCCCUGUGGGCGGUGGACGCCGCCAUCCAGUGGGUCUUCGGGUCUGGCCUCUGCAAGGUGGCCGGGGCCCUCUUCAACAUCAACUUCUACGCCGGGGCCCUCCUGCUGGCCUGCAUCAGCUUCGACCGCUACCUGAGCAUCGUGCACGCCACCCAGCUGUACCGCCGGGGGCCCCCGGGCCGCGUGACCGUCACCUGCGUGGUCGUCUGGGGGCUCUGCCUCUUCUUCGCCAUCCCCGACUUCAUCUUCCUGUCGGCCCACCGCGACGAGCGCCUCAACGCCACCCACUGUCAGUACGACUUCCCGCAGGUGGGCCGCACGGCCCUGCGCGUCCUGCAGCUGGUCGCCGGCUUCCUGCUGCCCUUGCUGGUCAUGGCCUACUGCUACGCCCGCAUCCUGGCUGUGCUGCUCGUCUCCAGGGGCCAGCGACGGCUGCGCGCCAUGCGGCUGGUCGUGGCGGUCGUGGCGGCCUUUGCCCUCUGCUGGACCCCCUACCACCUGGUGGUGCUGCUGGACACCCUCAUGGACCUGGGGGCCUUGGGCCGCAACUGUGGCCGGGAGAGCCGCGUGGACGUGGCCAAGUCGGUCACGGCCGGCCUGGGCUACAUGCACUGCUGCCUCAACCCGCUGCUCUACGCCUUUGUGGGCGUCAAGUUCCGAGAGCGCAUGUGGGGGCUGCUCGCGCGCCUGGGCCGGCCCGGCCAGAGAGGGCACCAGCGGCCGCCGUCGUCCUCCCGCCGGGAGUCGUCCUGGUCCGAGACCACGGAGGCCUCCUACUCGGGCUUGUGAAGCCGGACAGGGGCUCUCC